AUGCUCAGUGAAGCCGGUUCGAUGUCAGCCCUUCGCUCCGGGAGCCCAGAGAGCUCGCUCCCCUGUUCGUCAGUCUUUAUCACGGGCCUUAUAAGGCAGCUCGCCGCCUGUAGCCGAGCCCAGGAGCCUCUAGAUGGUAUCUCUAUAACACCGGACGUUGAAGACGACGAAGGAGACACACCGAGAAACCCAUUAUCGCAGCUGCCGGCAGAUGUUGUGGCAAAGGCGAAGCCGUUGGUGCUGACAUUGCACUGUCUGUUCCCAAAUGAGCUGCUUCCAGCUCUUGAUAUCCUCGACCGGGAUCUGAUUACUAGAUACACUAUCAAGCCCCGGAACAGUGGACCCCCGGGAGAGGCCAUAUGCCGUCCAGAGUACGGGGAAGAUGGAGGAGAGAUAGAGGUAUACUGUGGAGAUGACCCGAGGACACAGCGGCAGCAGAGGCGCGAUAUCAACAGAGAAGAUGACUACGAGGGCGAAUGUUUUGAUAGCGAGAUAUAUUUCGUCUUGUCUACAGCUGCGAAGAGGAGACCUGGAGUAGAGGAAGACAAUCACCGGCAGCAACAAGAGAGCGAAUAUCAGGUUUGUCUUGAUGCAUGGAACUGUACAUGUCCCGCGUUUACGCUGGCCACCUUUCGGGAUCUUGAUCCAGAGAUGGAGGAAACGCCGCCCCAAACAGAGGGCGAUGUUGAAUUACUGGUGAGGAAUGAGCCGGUUGAUACCACUACAAAGAGCAAAAACUGGGUGUUUGGUCUUCUCCUUCGGGCUGUUGCUUCAUGCAUGAUUCACCAUCCAUUUGCAAACAUUUACUGGCGUGUACACUUGUAUCCCAGUGUCCAGGUGUAUUUGGUAGCAAAGUACGGAGAUGUGAGAUAG